GCCGCCGCCGCCGCGUCUCCUGCCGGGCUGGGGCUGUUGUUGCUGGAAGUGGCGUCACGGCGGAGGGACGCGCUGGAAGCGGAAGCGGCCGUUGGGCCGCGCGGUGGCGGGCGCCUGAGGCGGGCGGCAGAGAGUGUACGAUAUUACAUCUAUUUCAUAAUCUGAAGGAAGAAUAGAAUUUGGAAUAAUGGCAACAGGAGACCUAAAAGGAAGUUUAAGAAAAAUAGAACAAGGACUCCGCUUGUUAAAUUAUCCAAGAGAUGUAGAUUAUACAAUGUUAGUGAAGGGUGAUCCAACUUCAUUUUUACCUAUCAUCAGUUAUUGUUUUACAUCUUUCUCAACUCACAUAGCAGAACUUCUGGUAAAGUGUGAUGUGGAGCUUACAGCAAAGAGCGACUUGCGUUUUAUUGAAGCUAUUUAUAAGCUUCUUCGAGAUCAAUUUCAAUAUAAACCGGUUUUAACAAAACAGCAGUUUCUUCAGUUUGGCUUUGCAGAGCGAAAAAUACAGGUUGUUUGCGACAUUAUCAACUGUGUGGUGAAAAAGCAUAAGGAAUUAAGUAACUUGAAUAAGGUUAAAUCCCAAUCAAGGAAGAAACUCAGACCUUUAAAGUGUGAAAUAUGGUCAAAUUGUGGUACUGUCCCUGCUGGUCCCAACGGCAGUGCUCUGAAUUCCAAACAGGUAACUCAAGUAGAACGGCACUCAGGAAGUGAAGUUAGGGAUGACCUUCAUCCAGCACCCCUGUGUUCAGCACUGCUUCAUCCACCACCCCUUCUAGACGAGGGAGGUAAUGAAGAAUUGUGCAUAGAUGAUGAUGAUGUGGAAGUUAAAUGUGAACAAGUCAUAGAAGAUAAUUCUCAGAUUGAGUUCCUAAGGAGCCAGCUUGCUGAUUGCCAGGAAAAGCUUCAUAAACUAGAUUGGAUUGAAGAUAGGCUACAUGCUUUAGAAGAGGGACUGAAAGGAAAGAUUACUAUAGAUGAGAAGGACUGGAAUAAUCUGUUGAGCCGAGUUUUGCUCCUUGAAACAGAAUUGCUGGUGCAGUCCAGAAAGAGAGACUUGUCAUCAGAGUUCAGCAGUGUAAGUCAAGAAUGUACUUCUAAUACGAUUCCAGUUUCUCCUGAUACAGAAAGGAAGGAGGAGAUGCCAGAGAGUCUUCAUCAGUCGUCUGGAUACAGUUCACUAUUAUCCACAGACCCAUCUCCCAAAGCCAUGACCAUUAAUUCUCAUGGUCUGACAGACAUUUCAAAGGAGACAACAAGACAAAGAAUGGAAAGGAUAAGUAAAAUGUAAGUAAUAGGAAAGGGCAGCAGGAAUUCAUUUCCCAGGAGGGACUUAUACUGGACUAAGGCUUAUGGAGAACGUACAUAUGUGUUCCAAACCUCAAAGGUCUCUACAUCAGGUGUGGCAUUUCCUUAUGACUCCACUGGAUAAUAAAUCCACUUACAGUUCUGUAUUUUUGGGAUGAGUCACUGUUUUGGUUUCUAAAAAGUAAUAGAAAGCAUUGUUAAUAGUAUUAACUGGAGAUUAAGGAGUGUAUAGAGUUUGAUUGACAAGAAAUAGGAAUAUUAGUAUCUUUUGAUAGAAGUAUGAGUAACUUU